AUGCAACCCUACUUUGGGCUUCGGGGCACGGGCCUGAAUAUCAUGAUCAGUGUUAUUGCUGGUCUUGAUUUCUUACUCUUUGGUUAUGACCAAGGUGUCAUGGGUGGUCUGUUGACCUUGAACUCAUUCGUCACCACAUUCCCGGAAAUUGAUACCACCAAGGCCGCAAAGGCACACAUCAGCGCGGCCGAAGCGAGCUAUCGCUCCACUGUUCAAGGAAUCACCACCGCUUCGUAUAACCUGGGCUGUUUCUUCGGUGCCCUGUUCUGUAUCUGGGUUGGAAACUACCUGGGUCGUCGCAAGACCAUCUUCACCGGUUCCAUCAUCAUGGUCAUUGGCGCAACGCUGCAGUCUUGUGCCUACUCUCUGCCGCACUUGAUUGUCGGCCGGAUUGUGACUGGUAUCGGCAAUGGUAUGAACACUUCGACCGUGCCCGUGUGGCAGUCUGAAUGUUCCAAGUCGCACCACCGCGGCAAGCUCGUCAUGCUGGAGGGUUCUUUGAUUGCUGGUGGCAUCACUAUCAGUUACUGGAUCGACCUGGGCUUCUCCUUCCUCGACCCUAGCUCGGUCGCGUGGCGCUUCCCCAUUGCUUUCCAGAACCUCUUCGCGCUGAUCAUCAUGCUCACGGUGCUGCCUCUGCCGGAAUCGCCGCGGUGGCUCAUCCUCAAGGGCCGCGAGGAGAAGGCGAUGGAAGUGCUGUCGGUCAUCUUGGACUUGCCCGAGAGCGAUGCCUACGUCCACUCGGAGUUCGCCGCUAUCAAGGAUGCCGUGCUGGCUGCCAACAGUGUCAGCUUCCGCGACCUGUUCACCAUGGACGAGAACCGCCACUUCCACCGCGUCGUCCUCGCCUACGUCAACCAGAUGUUCCAGCAGAUCUCGGGUAUCAACCUCAUCACGUACUAUGCGGCCACCAUCUACGAGAGUUCUAUUGGUAUGGACGGUCUGAUGUCCCGCAUCAUGGCUGCCUGCAACGGAACCGAGUACUUCCUGGCAUCGUUGAUUCCCAUCUUCAUCAUUGAGAAGGUUGGCCGUCGGACCCUGAUGUUGAUUGGUGCCGCCGGUAUGUCUAUUUCCAUGGCGGUUCUGGCCAUCACCACCAGCUUCGAGCACCAGAGCAAGCCCGGUGUCGCGGCCGCCGUGUUCUUGUUUGUCUUCAACACGUUCUUCGCCUGGGGCUGGCUCGGCAUGACCUGGCUGUACCCGGCUGAGAUUGUUCCCCUGCGUAUCCGUGCUCCCGCCAACGCUCUCUCGACUUCGGCCAACUGGAUCUUCAACUUCUUGGUUGUCAUGAUCACCCCUGUUGCUUUUGACUCGAUCAAAUACAAGACCUACAUCAUCUUCGCGGUCAUCAACGCGGCGAUCUUCCCCAUCGUCUACUUCUUCUACCCCGAGACCGCCUACCGCUCCCUGGAAGAGAUGGACACCAUCUUCCACAAGACGAACAACGUCUUCAGCCUCGUCUCUGUCGCGCGCAACGAACCCCACCGCUACGGCAAGCACGGUGAGCUCCUCAUCAACUACCAGGACACCGAGGAGCACCACCGCCGCGCCAGCUACAUCUCCGAGAAGCACGGCAAAACCGCCCGCGACAGCUCGGACUUGGAGACCGGCCAGGGCGCUCACGUCGAGCACCCCAAGGGCAGUGUUUCUGGCAACAGCAGCUAA